UUUCAACCGCGCUUUAGAAACCUCAAUUCCUCUACACGCAGCAUUACGCCGCAAAAAUCACGCGAUAUGCCACCCAAGGUCCAGAACGCGUUGCGCGGUCCUGGUCGCAAGGCCGCGGUAGCAGAGGAUGCUCCUGUCGCGUCGCCUGCAAAGAGAGGACGCCCACCCAAAGCCAAAGCCAAAGCCAACGCCAGCGACGCGACUGAACCCGCUGUCGACCCUCCAAAGAAACGCGGCAGACCUGCCAAAGCGACGGCAGAAGAGUCCGCGCCGACCCCAGACGCGUCGACAUCAGCAAAACGCGGUCGCAAAUCAAUCAACGCGCCUGAACCGGCUGUUGAAGCAGUAACACCCAAGAGAGGCCGAGGAAUGGCUAAGAACGACACGGCACCGCCCACUUCUACGCGUCGAGGACGCCCUCCCAAAGCAGCCGUCGCUGAUGCAGCUCCAACUCCAACUGCACGCAAGCGCGGUCGCCCCGCAAAAGGAGCAGGUCUUGACCUAAGCCAAGUCACUGGCUCACGCGUUAGCAAGCGGACUCCAGCUCGAUCCCAGACCAAGCCUGCUGCAGCGGCCGCUCGUAUCGCCCCGCGCAUGCGAUCCAAGUUGCGCACGCGUCAGCCACCCGCGACAAAAGUGUCCAAGGAAGAACCCGCCCCAAAGUCAGUUAGGCGGGGCCGACCGCCGAAGAACGCAGCCCAAGUCUCUGCUCCGAAAAAGGCCGCUGGCCGCAAGGCUGCUGAGGUUCCCGUCGCAAAGCCCACCAAGCCUGCUAAGCCUGCGGCCCCUCGUAAGAUGCGCGGCCACACCGUGCGCCAGAUUCCUGAUCGAUACAUUGCGCAGAUCGACCAGCUCCUUCAUGAUUUGAUGGAGGCUGAUGCCGCUGCUGCGCCUGUAGAGGCAGAGGAAAAGGAGGCACACGAGGUUGAGGUCUACGCGCACGAAGACGAACUAAAUAUCGAACCGACCAGUGCCACAACUGCGGAUGGCGGAGAAGAUAAUGACACCGAAGAUGCGGCUACUGAACUACAGAAUCAGCAAGACGAUGAAGCUCAUCAGUAUUCCGAGGGUGUGACAGAGGACCCAGCGCAAAGCGAAGCCGCUAUGGAUGAAGACACUGAAUCAAACCAGGGCAUUGAGUUUGACAUUGAUGAGCAGGUUGAUCCUAUGGAGCACGAGAAUGCAGGCGGCAUCAUGACUCCCAAAGACACGGAUGCACCGGGUACGGCUUACGAGCAUGGCCCCGAGGAUCAAGGAGGACUGUCACCCAUGCAGCACCAAGAAAAUGUCAUGCAUGGAACUUCAAGGCCAAGCUCCGCUAUCAUGGCCUGAAAGCAGCCCAAUUUUUUUUUGGCUGAAUCCCCACUGUGGAUACUGAACUGUUUCUACAUCAAGACGGCGCAGCGAUCCUGCUGCAUGUUUUCUUGCCGUCCAGUACAUGUGCAUAUGGAAUAUGCUCGAUAUUUAGAUUCUAUGUUUUCUUUAUACCAAUGAGAUACUCCCAGGCA